AUGCAAAUGUCUAAACGGCCUGUUAUCGCGGUGGCCGGCCUUGCCUGCGAGACGUCGACCUUCUCCCCUGCCGUCACCCUUGCCCCGGCCUUUCACCCCAAGCGCGGCGACGAGAUUGUCGAACGAUACGAGUUUCUCCAUGGCGAUACGCCGCUGGGAAUAGAGGCAGAAUGGAAGGGCGCCCUCAUCGGACAUGCGCUUCCUGGAGGGAUUGUGACUCGCGAUGCGUUUGAGGCGCUCUCCAAGGAGAUUAUCGAGAGGCUGCAGGUGAUUGUUUCGGAGAACAAGGUCGAUGGCUUGUGGUUUGAUAUCCACGGCGCCAUGUGCGUGCAAGAAGUGGACGACGUCGAAGCUGAGCUCCUGAGACGCGUCCGCGCUGUCAUCGGACCAGAUGUCAUUGUAUCGGCGUCAAUGGAUCUCCACGGCAACGUCUCGCGAGAACUGGCGCACAUGUGCGAUCUCAUCACCUGCUACCGCAUGGCACCGCACGAAGACGCCAUGGACACCAAAGAGCGCGCAUGUCGCAACCUUGUCAACGUGCUCAAGGGCACAGAGCCUGGCAGACGACCUCUCAAGGCCUGGAUCCCCGUCCCCAUUCUGCUUCCCGGAGAGCAGACCUCGACGCGAGACGAGCCGGCAAAACACAUCUACGCUGCUGUGCCCGAAGUCGAGGCGGUGGAUGGCGUGCUGGAUGCGGCAAUCUGGGUAGGAUAUGCUUGGGCUGAUGAGCCGAGGAAUCGCGCUGCCAUUGUGGUUACGGGAUGGGACGAAGGCGCGGUUUCUCAGGGAGCUGAGAAGCUGGCCAAGUUAUUCUGGGAUGCGCGAGCCGACUUUAAAUUCGUUGCGCCUACUGGUAGCUUUGCAGAGUGUCUUGAUGCGGCCGUCAAGUCGCCCCCUAACGAGCGUCCGUAUUUCAUCUCUGAUUCUGGCGAUAAUCCGACGGCUGGAGGCUCGGGCGACAUGACUUGGGGGCUGACGAAGUUGCUUGAGCGGCCAGAGUUCAAAUCGCCUGAUUCUGGAUAUACAGUUAUAUAUGCCAGCGUUCCAGGGCCCAAGGCUAUCGAAACGGCCGUUGCUGCGGGCAUUGACGCCAUUGUUACAGUGACUGCUGGCGCAGAAGUUGAUGACAUUCACGCGCCUCCACUCACAAUGACUGGUCGCGUUCAUUCGAUCAAGCAUGGCGAUCGAGAUGCUGAAACCGAAGUCGUACUGCAGGUCGGCUCAGUGUACGCCAUUCUGACAAAGCUCCGCAAGCCAUACCAUAAGGAAAAGGACUUUACCGAUCUCAAUCUCCUUCCGAGGUCAGCUGAUGUUGUUAUCGUGAAGAUUGGAUAUCUUGAGCCGCAGCUGUAUGACAUGGCAAAGGGUUGGAUGCUGGGAUUGACCCCGGGCGGUGUUGAUCAGGAUUUGAAGAGAUUGGGACAUCAUCGGAUAAGAAGGCCCAUGUGGCCUUUUGAUGAGGAUUUUGACAAGAUGCCGGAUCUGAAAACGACAUUGAUUGAUAAGUCGAAUGAGCCGCUAAGGGGUCCGGAUAUUUAG